AUGACAGCCCUCAACAUCAGCCGCAGCGGUUUCGGCGUCUUCAUCUCAGGCAUCCUCUCCAUCAAGCUCCCGUGGCUGCUCCUGUCAGGAGCCUGCAACGCCUACGACCUGGCCCGCAACAUCAAGCUUCUCCGCGACCUGAAGAGGGCCCUGAAGAGUGCUGGUAUCCACAUCAAGAAGCGGAUCAUCGCCAAGAGCCUGGUCGAAGGCGCCGCGACCAAAAUGGUGACGACGGUCCUGACGCUGGGCCACGAUGAGGUCGGCGCCGGCGCGAAGACUGUUGCUUCUUGGCUGCAUGGUGCGGGCUCGUUCAUGGCGGAGCACGUCACGUCUUUGUCGUUCAGCUCGCCUGUCAGCGUGUGCUCCGUGCUUGCCUGGGACUCGGUGCAUCGACUCAACCACUCAUUGUUCAAAGAGACUACCGAUAUCGCCAGCAGGCCAGUGAGCGUAAUUCAGAGAGAGCUGGGUCUCGAUGACGGGGCUGUUGCUGCGGAACCAGCUGGCAAUGAGUGUGUGAAGAACGAACAUCACUGGGAUAAACCUGGGCACGUUGUGGCGGAACAGGUCCUGAUCGUCGGAGCCGGUCAGCUGGGCGCCGAAAAGGUGGCGGACGUUGUUGUCAAGAAGUCGUAUGAUCGGGCUGAAUACGAGUACCGGAGGAAGCGAGACAAGAUUAGAGCGUGGUUCCGCAGGUGA